AAACCUCCUUCUACUAUGACGUACCAAAAAAAAAAAAAUAAAGUACCCGGAUGCACGAUUUAUAAAACGAAGCUGCAAAAGAGGCGUUCUUUUUGCUAUGAAGCAGUAACGUUGGCACUUGUGUUUUUCCUCCUGGCUCACCGCUGUUCGCAAAUUUUUCUGGUAUAUCCGUUGCUGAAUAAGUCGGUCAGGAAGUUUUUUUUUUUUAGAAUCAUGGCAUUUAAGGAUUCUGGCAAGGCUCCUGUGGAUCAGGAAGUAGCAAUCCAUCGCAUCCGAAUUACCCUAACAAGUCGCAAUGUAAAGUCACUUGAAAAGGUUUGCGCUGACCUGAUCCGAGGUGCCAAGGAGAAGAAUUUGAAAGUUAAGGGACCUGUUCGCAUGCCCACAAAGACACUCCGUAUUACUACCAGAAAGACUCCUUGUGGUGAAGGUUCAAAGACAUGGGACCGUUUCCAAAUGCGUAUCCACAAGCGUCUAAUAGAUCUUCAUAGCCCAUCUGAAAUUGUUAAGCAGAUCACUUCUAUAAGUAUUGAACCUGGAGUAGAAGUUGAAGUUACUAUUGCCGAUGCUUAAAUGUCAGAUUUUUCUUAAUAAAAGUUGAGUAAAUUGGU